CGAGUUUGUGGUGCUAGGAAACCGUUUAAAAACAGUGCAAAACCGCAAUUUAAAAGUGUUAUUCGAAUAGAACAAUGGCAAACUUCAGCGGGAACUCCCGUGUCACCGAUCAGAUCAUGGAGUACUACUUGAGGUUUGGACAGAAUCGAGAUUUGGAAAAGUUCCUGCGAUUACGAGCAGCGAAUACGACCCGUUCGUCGAGCGAUGGAAGCAUUCCGACGGCAACGAUGGCAGCGGAGGAGGUGGAUCGGCUUGGAGGGAAAAUUGGUCGGUCGAUGGAGAAUUUGUCCACACUGAAGAAGCAGGAACAGGAGGAGGAACGCGGUAGAAAAUCAGCGGAACUGUUGAGUGCAUCCGGAGGAACUGAGGGAAAACGGGAAGAGAAACAGAAGGUGGAAGUGGAGAAGGAGGUGGUUGUGAAGGAGACGAAGAGCGAGAAAAAAUCGGGACGGAAUUUCAACUUCAAUCUAGAAUCGGUUAUCGAGAUUAAACUCCCUGCGGUGACGGCGGUCCAGCAGCAGCCGAUUGUGUUUUCACCACCGCAGCAGGGCAUAUUGGCACAAGGUCCGAUUAUUCACGAAAUUAGCACAGCUGGCACGCAAACGAUGCCCGAAGCUAGGUCAGUGGAACAGCAGACGGAGGAACCGAUUCGACCCAUUUUGAAACUGACGAAGGCUACUUUGAAUCCGGAAGACACUAUCGAUACCACGCGGGAUGUUUCUCCGGUGAGUAGCGUGGCAUCCAACAGGCAGAAGCUGGAAUGGGAUUCACUUGGAGAUAUUGGAUACAAUUCUAGUGAUAAGUUCUACUUUUGUGGCGCUGCUGAUUUGAAUGAAACCGAGAUGCGUUGCCUGCAAAAGUACUUCACCAAGAAAGGAUUGAGUUUCGACGAGAAGGUUGUGGUUGUGAAGAACGUUCACACUCCGAAGAAGGACAAGAAGCAACCGGAGGAUUCCGUGGAAAAGAGCAAGGUAAACAUCAAACAUAAAUGGCAAGACGUUUACCAAAAGUACAAGGAGAAGUAUCCCAAUCCUUCGGAGAUAUCUUUAGAUUUAAUGAACCCGGAUGCUCAGAGUACUCCAAAAGUCGUUUCCCUUCAAAACAUCCCGCAGAAAUCGAUUAAAUCGACACAAACCAGCUUGGUAAAAAUCAUGACAAAGGGGAUCCAGGCCGAGCAAGUUGUUGACACCUCGGACAAGCAAAUUGGAACGGAAACGCUUUCCUCUACUACGAACAAAACGACUUCCGUCUGCGAACAGGGUGAAGUAGCGGAAAGUUUUGAAUUCUUUUCCUCGCCUCCGAGUGAGCAUGUUGAGGGUGAGGAGUCAAGUCGCAAAGAGGCCGGAGUUGUUCCAUCAUCUACAGGAAAUAGUUUGAAAAGUUCCUCGGAUAAUUCAUCAUCCCAGCUGCAACAGUUGUCCUCGUCGGGUAGUGGUAGUGGCAGAAGCCGUGGGAAGUACAACUUCGAGGAUGAACUGCGACUGGGCAUAACUCUGUACAAUACGAUUUGCGAGUCGCGAAGUUUGCCUGCUCGGGUUAAGCAAAGUUUGAUCGAUAAAAUUUUCCGUAAAAUGCAAAAGAACGAUCCGAAGGGAAGGACGAGGGAACAGCUGUUGAGUGAUUGCAUGCUAGUGAAGCAGCAGCGGCAGCAGUUGAGAGCUGGUGGGGAUGAGAAGAGCAGCGAAGCGGACACGGGAAUGAGUGGAUUUGAAAUGAUGGUAGAAAGUGGGAAGAGUUCCUCCGCGGGUAGAAGUAGCCGAGGGGUAGAUGAAGUCAUCGUUGAGAUUGUGGACGGUAGAGAUGGCACGGAGAAAACGGCUUCCAGUUCUGAAGACCCCAUUAUUCAGAAUCUCCAAGAAUCAAGCAUGAAAAGCAACGAUGCUCGUAAUCCUGUCCGACGAUCAGUGACAUCUUCUCAAAGAACGAUUUCUUCCCAUCCGGAUUCCUCCAACCACACAGCCCGACAGAUCUCCCAACCGACUCCGAUCUCAACGGACAAAUCAUCUCCUUCUACCAGUGGUCUGACCAGCGAUGAUCGCAUCCGCCAUGCCAUGAAAGAAUACCUGAAACCGAUUACCCACUCAGAAGUGGAUUACGCUAACCAGCAGGAGCUGAAACGAAGUCUCCAAAGAGCCAAAGAACGCAAGAAAAUGGUGGGUCGUGAUACGGCUAGUGCUCCCUCCACUGGGGACAAAAUAUUCGAACUGUUCCGCAAAGAAAAGCAAUCUCAGCUGCUGAAAAUCGACAAAAAGAUUGAGCAUCUGAAAACGAUGAAACUUUUGCUUUUGGAAGAGCAAAAAACGGUUAACGAGAUCGGAGUUGACACCCGCACAACCUACCCUCUGGAGCAGAAAUCCAGACCUCCACCGACCAAAGCUUCCGAUGAAAAAGAAAACCUCUACGAAAACACCGAACGGCGUCCGAAGAGCGCUGUCAGUGUCCCGGUCUACACAUCCGUCCACGAAGAAACCCCGAGCGCACAGUCCAACAAUGGCACCGAAUUCACUUCCGGCACUCGUUCGGAUUCCGCCUGGAAUUCUCACUACCACAUGAAAAAGAUGAUCCAGAACCGUUCCAAGCUGGAAACACCAACGUCCGACGAGAGCAUUGCUACCUUUAUCAAAACUCGCAAGGACAAAUUCAUUGAAAACUACGAACGCCAUCGAAGGCAAAUGUUCGAAGAGCAGCAUCACAUCUACACUAAGCCAUACAGUGGACGUCAAAGCAAACAGGAUCAGUACUCCCACCCGGACGAUAAAUAUAGCAUUCGAAACAUUUCCAAACCGAAAACGAAUCUUCCCCGCAGCGACGUGUUCAUCUCGUCUGAUUCCAUGUCGAUUCCGGCGGCCAAUACCCUAACCAACACUACCACCCAUCAGUACGACAUCAAAUCGUGCCGUGCCAGUUCGGAGAGUCUCGCACUGAAUGCACGACCGGCUGCCACCCAAACCAACACCGGCUCGAUCAUGAAGACAAAGCCGAUCUUCGAAUCCAAAUCGAAAAUUUCCACCUCCGUACAGGUCCCCAGUCAGGCAGGGGGAUGCAACUGCGCCUGCAACUGUCCCUGUCGUCAUCGGCUUCCAACAUCAACCGAAUCCGUUGUUCAACACACGGGAAUCAUCGACGGCACCCAACCGAAGCAGGACAAGCAACAGCAAACCAAACCGAACUCGAUCGCAUACGUAAUCACGUUUCAAGGUGGCGAUGGUCGCCAGCAACCAACCGAAAAGGAGCAAGUGUACCAUCGGUCGACUAGUUCGGCUUCGAGUUCGAGUGCGACGGAUGCGACCGAUUUACUGCCAUUGAAGGAACAGUUCCGCCGGAACCGACCGGGAACGUUGCUGCGCUUGAAGGAGCGCCAGAAGUGUGUCAACGAGUUGAAUAAAUUGCGAGAGGAGAGAAAUAGGCAGCGGAAGAAGCUUUUGCUGCUGACGUCAGAUGAUUCGCUGAAGCGGUCCGAUGGCAAGGAGCGGUUGCCGCCACCACCGCUGGCCCAAAGACGCAUCUUCUCCUCGAAGGCCAUCCGGGAAAAUACGCGGCGACAGGUACGGAACCUACCGGAGGUCCUUCGAAAGAAGGAAGUCGAAAAGAUCAACAACCUUAAGCGUAAAAAUCUUAUCCUACGCGAUAAGUUCAAUCGGAACUUACAACGGAAGGUACUCCACGGUCAUGUGGAUCUCUCCAACAGUGUGCGCGUAAUGCGGGAAUAGUAGCGACAGAAGGCGACUUCCCAUCCAGUAAGUACAAAUAAAUAAACAUUGUG